AUGCUUUAUUACAGCCUCGAAACGAACACCGAAGACCUGACUAUUACGGGCGAGAGCGUGCACGAGAUGGCUGGUGUCUGCUUGAAAGUCGCCAAACAGUGCACACCAGGCCCAGCCGCAGCAGCCAUGCGCGACGGCCUCGAGAAGCUCAUGGCCCAGGGAUGGUCACGGCGCACCACACCAGCGCCAAGCAGAGCCAUCUCACCUGCACCUCGCACGACCGGUGCCCUGACAGACGACGGCUCAGUAGCAGUCGACCCGCUGCUCUCACGCGACGCCCUGCAAGAUGCGGACGUCCCUCACCCCCUAAGGAAUCCAGCCAUUCCGCAGAAUCAGCAGGAGUCGACUGCUGCACAGACCAUGGAUGUGGAAGAGCCACCACCCAUACUACCUCUUCGCGACGAUCAGUCAACCAUCCGUGAUGCCGUCAUGUCCAAUGACACGUCGACGAGCAACAUCAGCAAUGCCUUUGAAGGGGCCCUUGAUGGUCUUGACUUUGGCGUGGAUCCUUUUGGUAUGGAUAGCAUGAGCUGGUACACAAGCACCUGGAUAGACCCGGAGACGGGGCGGCCACCGGACGGGAUGUUACCGCCCGGCAUAGGAUGA